GCGCGAUAUUAAAUCAGGUGUUUGCGAGCGUCAGUCGCAGUUUGAUUUCGACGUUCGCGCCAAACUGACGCUCAGCCGUUACGAAAUAAAAAAAUAUCGCGAAGUGACAUUUCGUUUUAUUUCGAUUUCUUUAAAAACCCGCGACCGUUAGAUUCGAGUGUUCUUCUAAAUUACAAUGGACUGACAUUUUAUUUAUUAUGCUCGUGGACUAUAUUUAAAUAAAGAAGUUUUGAUACGUUUUUCGUAUUAGAUUUUGUAUUUUGGCUGAAUUAAGAAAAGUCGUCAUGACGAAUACAAUGUAUUUUCUGGUGCUCUGCGCGGUCUUAUCUUCAGUAACGGCGUAUUGGCAUCCGGACCUCCCACCUGGACCCUACUGCGGUAUUGACAACAAAUGCUGUUCAGACAGAGAGGACGGCUGCUCACAUAGAAUAAUUGACACACUCUGUUACUGUGACGAGUUCUGCGACCGUUACCAUGAUGACUGUUGCCCAGACUACCAGAGCGUCUGUAAGAAUGAGGAGGUCAAGGAAUUAUUGGACCCAUGCAAGCAUGGUAACAAAUACUACUAUGAAGGAGAAACGAGGAUGGAUGGUUGCAAUUUUUGCAAAUGUGUCAAAAUCAGCGAGAAAACUUUGGCCUGGUCUUGUGAGAAUGAUCCCUGCAUCCUGAGCCAAGAUGUGCUGAACGGUGUCAACCGCGGUGCGACGUGGAGAGCCGCCAACUACACGCAGUUCCAAAACAAAAAGCUGAAAGACGGUCUCGUUUAUAAAUUAGGUACCCUGCCUUUAAGCAUGGAGACUCGUCGCAUGGGCGCCAUCAGACACGACAAAGAUAUUAACUACCCGACUCACUUCGACGCCCGUAAACGUUGGCCCAAAUACAUUUCACCUGUCGUGGACCAGGAAUGGUGUGGGUCAGACUGGGCAAUUUCUACUGCUACUGUUGCUUCAGACAGGUUCGCUAUCCAGUCAAAUGGUGCGGAAAGCAUGGUGCUCAGUCCGCAAUCCCUUUUAUCCUGCAAUCUUCGCCAGCAGCGCGGUUGUCAAGGUGGUAACAUUGACGUGGCAUGGAACUUUGUUAGAAACCGGGGGAUCGUGGAUGAAGAAUGCUUCCCCUACAAAGCGAAAGUUACAAAGUGUCCCUUCAGACCUAAGGGUAAUCUCGUCGAAGCUGGAUGCAGGAUACCCGUCAAGCAGAGAACUUCCAGAUACAAGGUGGCUCCCCCCGGCAAGCUGAACAAUGAACGUGAUAUCAUGUACGAUAUCAUGGACUCUGGACCAGUACAAGCUGUUAUGGAAGUAUACCAGGACUUUUUCCACUACCGCGAUGGUAUUUACCGCCGCAGUCCUUAUGGUAACACUCAAAUGAAGGGUUACCACAGCGUACGUGUCGUUGGCUGGGGAGAGGAACGCGGUGACAAGUAUUGGAUCGUAGCAAACAGCUGGGGAUGUGACUGGGGCGAGAACGGUUACUUCAGAAUUGCGAGAGGAUCAAACGAGUCCGGUAUUGAGUCGUUCGUGGUGACCGUCCUGAGUGACGUCACCAGAGCUUACCAGAAGAAAUAACACAGGAACUAUCUCAUUACACCCCUGUGCGUUAUCAGUAAACCGGUUAAAACCAGCCGGGGGUGGAUAUUACUGAAUACCACGAGGAAUUUCGGAUGAAAAUAAUUUGAGUGCAUGACUUGUACAAAAAAUAUAUUUGUAUAUUGUAUAUUCGU